CGCUUUAUGAGCGAAGUGAUGGCGGCCCCCAAGAAGGCGAAGCGCCGUGCGGCCGAGGGCAGCUCCAACGUCUUCUCCAUGUUCGACCAGACCCAGAUCCAGGAGUUCAAGGAGGCGUUCACGGUCAUUGAUCAGAACCGGGACGGGAUCAUUGAUAAGGAUGAUCUGCGCGAGACUUUUGCCGCCAUGGGCCGGCUGAACGUGAAGAACGAGGAGCUGGACGCCAUGAUCAAAGAAGCCAGCGGCCCCAUCAACUUCACCGUGUUCCUCACCAUGUUCGGGGAGAAGCUCAAGGGUGGGACAUUGGGGACAAUGGGGACAAUGGGGACA